ACACCAAACCACUGACUCUUAUCAUUUCCAUCAAACCACUUCUCUCUAUCAGUCCAGCACAAGUACACUCUCUCAACAACAGCUAAACACUACAGUUGGCCAUUCUCCACAAAGUACACUUUCGACUCCUUCCAGUACUGUAGCCAAUAAAAAGAAUGUCUUUGUUUCAAGGCAGGCAAUUGAAACUAACAAAGAAUCCAUAUCCAGUACUAAGCCACCCAUUUCUAAAUAUUCGACACAUCCUCAUCACACAACUGACAACUUGACUAAACUGAAACCAACUUCAUAUCCUAUACAACUACUCCCCACAUUAUGGUAUCAGCCCCGACCCAGCACCUCAACACAACAUUCCAGCACGGCAAAACAGCAUGUUAACACCAUUAAAUAUCACCCAGAUAUUACAGAAAUGGCUAAUCACAACAUAAAUAUUACUGAAAGAGCUAAACACUUCCCAGACAUUACCGCAGGAGCUAAACACAACCCAGAUGUUUCUGAAACUGCUAAACACUACAUAGGUAUUACUGGAAGUCCUAAAUACAACCCAGAUAUUACAGAAAACGCUAAACACUACCCAGACACUAUUAAAGGGACUAAAUACUACCCAGAUAUUAUCGAAAGUGCCAAAUAUUACACAGCUAUUACUGAAAAAUACUACCCAGACAUUACAGAAGGUGCUAAUCACUACCCAGAUGUUACCAAAAAUGUUAAACAUUACACAGUUGUUACAGAAAGUGCUAAACAGUACCCAGAAGUUACCCAAGAAGCUAAACUCUACCCACAUGUUACAGACAGUGCUAAACAAUACCCAGACGUUACCGAAGGAGCUAAACACUACCCAGAUGUUACCGAAAAUGUUAAACAUUAUAAAGUUGUUACAGAAAGUGCUAAACACUACCCAGACGUUACCGAAGGAGCUAAACACUACCCAGAUGUUACCGAAAAUGUUAAACAUUACAAAGUUGUUACAGAAAGUGCUAAACAAUACCCAGACGUUACCGAAGGAGCUAAACACUACCCAGAUGUUACCGAAAAUGUUAAACAUUACAAAGUUGUUACAGAAAGUGCUAAACACUACCCAGACGUUAUCGAAGGUGCUAAACACUACCCAGAUGUUACCGAAAAUGUUAAACAUUACAAAGUUGUUACAGAAAGUGCUAAACAUUACCCAGACGUUACCGAAGGAGCUAAACACUUCCCAGAUGUUACCGAAAAUGUUAAACAUUAUAAAGUUGUUACAGAAAGUGCUAAACAUUACCCAGACGUUACCGAAGGAGCUAAACACUUCCCAGAUGUUACCGAAAAUGUUAAACAUUAUAAAGUUGUUACAGAAAGUGCUAAACACUACCAAGACGUUACCGAAGGAGCUAAACACUUCCCAGAUGUUACCGAAAAUGUUAAACAUUAUAAAGUUGUUACAGAAAGUGCUAAACACUACCCAGACGUUACCGAAGGAGCUAAACACUACCCAGAUGUUACCGAAAAUGUUAAACAUUACAAAGUUGUUACAGAAAGUGCUAAACACUACCCAGAAGUUACCGAAGGUGCUAAACACUACCCAGAUGUUACCGAAAAUGUUAAACAUUACCCAGAAGUUACCCAAGGAGCUAAACUCUACCCACAUGUUACAGAAAGUGCUAAACACUACCCAGACGUUAUCGAAGGAGCUAAACACUACCCAGAUGUUACAGAAGGAUCUAAACCGUACCCAGAUAUUACCAAAGCCACUAAACAUUACCCAGAUAUUACAGAACUUCCUAAAUACCACCCAGAUGAUACCAAACCUGCCAGACACUACCCAGAUAUUAACAAAACCGUUAAACUCUACCCACAUGUUACAGAAACUGGUAAACACUACCUGAACGUUACCGAAACCGCUAAACACCUUAACAUUACCGAAACUGCUAAACAUCACCCAAACAUGACCAAACCUGUUAAACACUACCCAAAUAUUACCCAAACUCCUAAACAUCAUCGAAACAUGACCAAAACUGCUAAAUCCACCCCAAAAACUGAAUCCCAGAUUGAAAUUCCAACACCUAACCCUACAGAACAGUUGCCAGGUACCUCAAAAAAUCUGGAACUGAAGCCUACAAAGUCAAAGAUUUUCACCAAACCUGAUGCUGUUCAGGAUUCAUCUGUGACAGAGAAGGUAACAGUAAGGAUGGAUCAACCAAAUGGACAAGCGGUUCCCAGCCAGUCAAAGGACAAACCCCUUACAAAUGAGGUGGCCAAUAGGACCCAGGGCAGAGGUAACUUCCGCAAUUCUUCUUCUGUGCCCCGGCCCUUGGCAGGAAAUGUGACACACAAACCAAGGCUUAAUGGUCGUGUAUCUCCAAAUCAGCCUAUUAAUUCCUCAAUACAACGCAACUCCACCAAUAACAGGAAAAGAGUACCCAGUGGUGAACAUCACAAAGGCCUUCGGAGGCCCAAACCUAGUAAGGUGCCCAGAAAGGAUAUAGUGAAGCAGAAUACGAACCAGGUGCCAGAAAGUACAAACAAGAAAACUGAUAUUGAUCUGAAGCAGUUAGACAAACUGCCAUUAAAGCCUUUAGCUCCACCCACUACUGAAAAACCAACUUAUCAGGAGACACCACAUUAUUUUAAUGGGAGUCGUUUUGACACAGGCGAUAACUCCUCUGUGUUCAGCCCUGUUCCUGUUUCUAAAACAGAUGCAAUGGGAAAAGAACGUUUCAUAGCUCCUCAUGUGGUCUAUAAAACUGACAAACGUCCAGAGGAGCCCUGCUCAGUCACCAAUUCUCUCAGUUACUUUCCCGAAGAGGAGGUGGGGUACAUCAAUGUCACUGGUCCACCCAAGACCCCUCCCUCUAACCUUACUGUGGUGACAGUGGAGGGAUGCCCAUCCUUCGUCAUCCUUGACUGGGAAAAAACUGACAAUGAGACCACAGAAUAUGAUGUUGUAACCACCACCGAGGGUCCAGGUGGAAAGGAGAAGUCUAUUGUGACAACAAAUCAAACACAUACAUCACUGGAGAAUCUGACACCAAAAAGCAGCUAUGAAUUCAAAGUGAUACCUAAGAAUGAACUUGGUACAGGCCCGUCAAGUGACCCAGUCACCUUCAGUACUGAGUCAGCUGAUCCGCGCGUAAGUGAGAUCCCCACAGGUAAAACUGCAAUUUGGUCAUCAUUUCCAUUCAAGGCGGAUUCCUACACCGAAUGCAAUGGGAGGCAGUUCAUAAAGCGAACCUGGUACCGCAAAUUUGUGGGUAUCCAGUUGUGCAACUCUCUUAGAUACAAGAUCUACCUAAGUGACUCUCUCAAAGGAAAGUUUUACAGCAUUGGAGAUCAGGCAGGGUUAGGAGAGGACCACUGUCAGUUUGUUGACUCGUACCUGGAUGGACGAACUGGAGGUCCUCUUUCACCAAACGAGUUACCACCCAGACAAGGCUAUUUCCGGGCUGUGCGUCAGGAACCUGUCAGAUUUGGUGAAAUUGGAGGAAAUUCCCUUAUCAACUACGUGGCCUGGUAUGAGUGUGGAAUACCCAUUCCAGGAAAGUGGUAGGACUCGGAGGACCAGAUGGAAAACAAGACCACCAGGAAAAAUAGAAGAAAUGGUUUUGUUACAUAAUGUGUACAGGGAAUGUUUUUUUUAUCAGGCACAUAUAACAUUAUUUAUAAUCUUACGCAGCGCUCAAAGGUACAGAGAGAUGAAUGUGUUUCUAUUAAGAGUAAAGAGUUUGAUUUUUGAGUAUAUAGGGUAGCAGGCUCCCUGAAAGGCUAAAGCAGAAUGUGUAUAUUAUUUAUCAAAAUGUUGAAUAUGCCAAAAAAUGGUUACCCAACCACUGAAACAGAGGUUUAAGGGUAUUGCCUUACAAUAAGUUCGCAUUGGUUACCAUUAGUAAUGUUAACAGUGAGCAAUAUAUUUUUUCAGCAUUUAUUAAUCUUUGUUAAUAUUAGUUAAUGUUGUUCAGUUGUUCAUGUUAGUUUAUUAUGCAUUAACUAAUGUUAACAUACACAACUUUAGAUUAUAAAAAUUUUUUUGCAAAUGAACAAAUGCUUUAGAAGUAUCGUUCAUUUUUAGUUCAUGUAACAGUAGCAUGUAUUGUUAAAAAAAAAUAACAACUUUGCUUAAACCAGCUUAAAAUAAAUACUUAAAGGCGGGGUGCAUGAUCUCUGAAAGCCAAUGUUGACAUUUAAAAUCACCUAAACAAACACGCCCCUUCUCCAAUAAAAUCUGAACCUUCUUUCGAUAGAUCCGCCCCACACAUACGCAACUCAGGCAAUGAUGUCGGUUAGAAGACACGCCCCUUACUGCUGAUUGGCUACAAGUGUGUUUUGGUAGUCAGCCCGACACCCUUUUUCAAAGUGUUUUUCAAAAAUUAGAUUUCUGUUGAGACAUUCAGAUGGUAGAGUCAGAAUUUGGCGUAAACAGAAUGAGAACAUGGAUCCGUCAUGCCUUAUUACCACUGUGCAGGCUGCUGCUGGUGGUGUAAUGGUGUGGGGGAUGUUUUUUGGCACACUUUAGGCCCCUUAGUGCCAAUUGCGCAUCGUUUAAAUGCCACGGCCUACCUGGGCAUUGUUUCUGACCAUGUCCAUCGCUUAAUGACCACCAUGUACCCAUCCUCUGAUGGCUACUUCCAGCAUUUCUUAAGAAUGCUUUCAGCAUGUUGAACAAAGGCAGUUCUGAAGGCAAAAGGGGGUCCAACACAGUAUUAGUAUGGUGUCCCUAAUAAUCCUUUAGGCGAGUGUACUGUAUGUUAAGGUGUGUCAAUGCAAGGUGUUUUCAAAUUAUGGCAGCUCAAACAUGCAUUUUAGUCUGGGACUAGCAUAAGCCCUGCCCGAGAAACCGCCCCAUUCUGUAUAUGUUUAUGAAAUCUGUUUUUAAUGUUUAUUCUCUUAGUACGUCAUGCUCCAAGACUUCUGUUGUAGGUGCAGUGAAAGUACACUUUUUUUUGUGUUGAGAAACCAGCCAAUAGUUUUCUUUGGUAAUCAACAGCAUGCAUAAAUAGUAGUGUUAAAGCUUAACUUGCACUGUUGCACAACUUAAAGGAAUGUUCCAAACAUAACAGCUUACCCACAAUGUUAAUUUUUAGAGGAUUUAAAAACAAUUUUUUUUUAUUAAAUAUUCAAUUUUUUAUGCAAUUGUAUGUAUACUACAGAUCAAUAUCAGGAGUGCAACAUCAGUUAGGAAUAUCUAUUGUUUUGUACAUAAGUUUAAUGAAUAAUUCAAUGAUUUCCAGAGAAAACUUUUAUAUGUCGAAUUUCAUGAAACUUGUUUUAUGUUUUUGUAAGGUUUAAAUGAAUUUGUUUUACAAAUGAAAGCACAAGCAUCUUGUUUAUGAUACAAAAACUGUCAGUCUAUGAAAAUAUCUGAUAUAAUUUGUCCUCAUGUUGCUAUAUAAAUGGUUUUUAAAAAUUCAUUCAGCAGAUGAACAUUCAUCCUUUCCAAUAAAAAAAUAAGCUUCUCAUCA